AUGUCUGUCAUCCUGACUUCUAUCUUCUCCUUAACAGGCUACACAGCAUCCCUGCAAUAUCGUAUCGACUAUCGACGCAGCUAUCUUGUGCUCCUGGGAGAUACAAUUAAUCUCACCUGCCCCUACACAACCCCCUUUUACAAAUGGACGCCCUCUGCACAGACCUCCUGGAUCCUCUCUGAGGACCAAGUGUACUCUCUAAAGGCUGACAGUCUCGCCGUCUCCGGGCGCUACAUCUGCAGUGCCGUCAAUGGUUUUGGACAUAACUCUGCUGAGUUCAAUAUCAAGGUCAUCGGUGAGUUUGCUAUCGUCGAGAACGUCCCUCCUCUGUUAGCAAAAUUCAGAAACUACUGA